CAUCAAUAUCUCGUAUCUGCUAACCACUAAUUUUGAUGUCUGUGAAAGAAAGUGAAACUUUCACUUGUCUGUAGUGUUGAUAACUGUUUAAUUAUUUCCAUGACGUUACAAUUGCUACGCGUCAUACGUAAUUCAUUUGCAUUUCAUAGGGAAACUCAGACUCACUUCAGUCGCCAUUGCAAGUUAUUACGUAGUGAAUACCGUUAUUUGGAGUGGGAGCAGAGACGCGCGAGGGGGGCACGUGUCAGCGGCGCCGUUGGAGCGCGAGUUCACUCUGUCACUCGGUCAUUACGGUAUUUGUCUACAGCGCGUCCCACAUUUACGAUCUUGAAAGAAAAAGUGACGAUGCCCGAAAACAAACCGUUUCAGCGUCUGCCUAAAAAUGUUCUCCCGAAACAUUACAAUUUAGAACUGAUACCAAAUCUGGAAAAUUUCACUUUUAAAGGAAAAACAGCAGUGAAAGUAUCGAUUGUGAACUCUACGAAAGUGAUAGUGUUGAAUUGUUUGGACUUGGAGUUGAAUAAUGUGAGACUUCAAUAUGUGAAUGAGGGUUUGGAAUCGAGCAUUACACCCCUAUCGGUGGAGCUGCAGGCUGCCGAUGAGACCGCCACCAUCACGUUCCCGGAGUCACUCGCCGAAGGUGAAGCGACUCUGUACUGCGAGUUCACGGGCGAGAUCAACGACAAGAUGAAAGGCCUGUACCGCAGCAAGUAUCUCACGCCCAGCGGGGAGGAGCGCUAUGCCGCCGUCACUCAAUUUGAAGCGACAGACGCUCGCCGAUGUUUCCCAUGUUGGGAUGAGCCAGCAAUAAAGGCUACAUUUGACAUAAUGCUCGAAGUACCCGCCGACCGUGUCGCGUUGUCUAAUAUGCCAGUAAAGGAAGAAAAACUCAUUGGUGACAAAAAGCUUUUGCAUUUUGCUACAACUCCAAUAAUGUCCACAUACCUGGUUGCUGUAGUGGUGGGUGAAUAUGAUUAUGUAGAGAAGAAAUCCAAUGAUGGUGUGUUGGUGCGUGUUUAUACACCUGUUGGUAAAAGUAAACAAGGAUUGUUUGCAUUAGAAGUAGCUGCACGUGUGCUGCCUUAUUACAAAGAGUAUUUUAACAUAGCCUAUCCUCUGCCUAAAAUUGAUCUGAUUGCUAUAGCAGACUUUUCUGCUGGAGCCAUGGAGAAUUGGGGCUUAGUUACAUAUAGAGAGACAUGUCUUUUAGUGGAUGAGGAGCACACAUCUGCUGUAAGACGACAAUGGAUUGCCUUAGUGGUGGGCCAUGAACUUGCACACCAGUGGUUUGGGAACCUGGUGACAAUGGAGUGGUGGACCCACCUCUGGCUGAAUGAAGGCUAUGCUUCAUUUGUCGAGUUCUUAUGCGUGAAUCACCUCUUCCCUGAGUAUGAUAUUUGGACUCAGUUUGUCACAGAGAACUACAUUAGGGCAUUGGAAUUGGACUGUUUGAAAAAUUCUCAUCCAAUAGAAGUGCCUGUUGGUCAUCCUUCAGAGAUUGACGAAAUAUUUGAUGAUAUAUCUUACAACAAGGGUGCAUCGGUGAUCCGCAUGUUACACAGAUACAUUGGCGAUGAUGAUUUCAGAAAGGGCAUGAACAUUUACCUCACAAGACAUCAGUACAAAAACACAUUCACAGAGGAUUUGUGGAGCGCAUUAGAAGAAGCGUCCAAUAAACCCGUGGGAGCUGUUAUGUCCACAUGGACCAAACAAAUGGGUUUCCCGGUUGUUGAGGUCAAUUCAGAACAGAAGGGUCGUGACCGUGUCCUAACAUUGACUCAAAGGAAAUUCUGCGCGGACGGCAGUCAAGGCGACGACACACUGUGGAUGGUGCCUAUCUCUAUAUCGACACAGGAGCAUCCUUCAAAGGUUGCUCUCUCCAUGGUGCUAGAAAAGAGAACCCAAGAAGUUGUGUUGAAGGAUGUAGCUGAGGAUUCUUGGGUGAAACUUAAUCCGGGAACGGUGGGUUACUACCGCACCCGCUACCCCGCGAGUAUGUUGGCGCAGCUUGUGCCGGCCAUCCGCGACGGCUCCUUGCCUCCCCUUGACCGCCUUGGUUUGCUCGACGACUGUUUCGCGCUCGUUCAGGCUGGACACACACAAACUGCUGAGUCCUUGAAACUAAUGGAAGCAUUCAGCAAUGAAACAAACUUCACUGUAUGGUCCACAAUAUCGAAUUGCAUGUCAAAACUUAGUGCCUUAUUCUCUCAAACUGCGCUAGACAAACCUUUGAAAAAUUAUGGUCGGAAGUUGUACUCUAAUAUUACUAAGAAAUUGGGUUGGGAUGCUGAAGAAAAAGAAAGUCACCUUGACACAUUGCUCAGGAGUUUAGUGCUGAACAAAAUGAUUAGCUUUGAGGAUCCAGAAACUAUUAAAGAAGCCAAGAUCCGGUUCGAGAAGCACAGCGCGGGCGCGCGCGUGCUGCCGGCGGACCUGCGCUCGGCGUGCUACCGCGCAGUGCUGGCCGACGCCGACGCCGACACGUUUGCGCGCUUCCUGCAGCUGUACCGCGCUGCCGACCUGCACGAGGAGAAGGACCGCAUCAGCCGCGCGCUCGGCGCCGUCAAGGACCCCGAACUGCUGAAACGCGUCUUGGAUUUCGCCAUCUCGGAUGAAGUCAGAUCGCAAGAUACUGUAUUCGUGAUCGUUUCCGUCGCCGUGAGCAGAAAUGGGCGCGAUUUAGCGUGGCAGUUCUUCAAGGAUCAUUGGCAAGAAUUCAUGGAUCGCUAUCAAGGCGGGUUCUUGCUGGCGCGGCUGGUGAAGUCGACGACGGAGAACUUCGCGUCGGAGGCGUGCGCGCAGGAGGUGGAGGCGUUCUUCCGCACGCACGCGUCUCCCGGCACGGAGCGCGCCGUGCAGCAGGCCGUGGAGACCGUGCGCCUCAACGCGGCCUGGCUGCGCCGCGACCUCGCCUCCACCACGCACCACCUGCACGCCUACCACUGACAGCUCACACACCGCGCGCACACACACCCGACGACACUACCGGACUAGACGAUUUGUUUUGCAGGACCAAAUGAUACAAGACUGAAACUGCAACGAUCUUUACUGUUGUUUCGCCCGAGGAUCUACCUAGCGUUUUAUUAAUUUAUUUUCGACGUGUGGGAGCUUUAUUGUAUUAUAAUUUUCCCGUAAAUUGUUGCCACGUGAGCUGCCGACCGCCAAAAAUGCGUUUUUUUUUUAUAAUAAAUUUAUAGUGGUAUGAAAUGUAUUUCCAGAAAGAUCCAUCAAAUGAUGUCUUGAAUGUAACAGCCAUUUAAGUUAGCUGAAUGAACGAUUUUUUUUAUUUCAGUGAAAAACUUGUUUAUGUGACGCUUGCAUUUCUUUAUUUGUAUUUAUGACAGUAAAUAGGUUAGCAGCUGAUAGCCUCAUACCUUUAUAAUUUUUAUUCGUUUACAUGUCUAUUAAUUCGUAUGAUUAUAAACAUUAAUGAUGUCACUUUGUUGGUCUUGAGAUGAACAUAUUAUUAUUACUUACAUUUCGAUCAUGAAAGUAUGGUUAAUUGAAAAUUCACACACCUGGUUCAACAAAGACAGCACUGCUACCUCCAGAAUAUUUUUAACACAUUAAGUUAUGAGAAGUGUCUUAAUAUUUUAUACCAACAUAAAAACGUUUAAUCUCAAUUUUGCAACAUUAGUAAAAAUGAAUAGUGAACCAGCGAUUUGAAGCAGACAUUUGUUGUUGUGUCAGUAAUAGUUUUAUUACUAUCAAUAAAAAUGCAUUAUUUAAUAUUGCGGCCUGAAUGAUCCAAGGAUUAUUCUCAUAGCUGGCUUAUGCCUCAAGACUAUGUUCCUAUAUAAUAUAGUAAUUUUUAAAUACGAAAUGUCUUAAACUAUAUACAGCAUUGUCGUACACAUAUUGGUUAUUAAAUAAUAUCAUAUAGUAAAAUAUAAAUACACGCCAUAAUAAAAAAAUCUACAAAUAUCGUAAAAGGUAUAAUAAAUUGUGAUAUGCUGUAUGUUUUAAAUAUUGAAAAAAAAAAAACUUGUAAACGUUUUUAUAUAUAGCUAAAUUGUAUUUCUGUUACAAGUUGUGUUUUCUAGUUAUGACUUAUUGAAUGAGGUGUGCGAAUUGUUUUUCGAUUCUCUAACCACAACCAUCUGAGUCAUCCAGGAUUGCAAGAUGUACCCAAUAUGGAGUUUAGCUCCCAUCCUAUCACUUGGCCUCAACCAGCAGCGGGUACACGAGUUGCAUCUCUGCUUACCCAGUCGCGAACGCGGAUGUGAACUUGUUUUGCCGUGUAAUCGUUAAUAGAAAAGCGAGCAGAUCUACUAAAGCUAAACGUUUAGUAAAUGUAUAUAUAAUAUAUUUUUUAUUUAUUUUAGACAUGUUGAGUGAAGUAAGCAAUUGGUGCCCAGUUAUAUUUUUGGUUAUUAUUGCGCAGGAAAUCGUUUGGUAAUGUAUAAUGUACGUAUUUAUGGACACGUUAACAUUUCUAACUCUUAAAUACUUAUAUAAGUUACAUGAUGUGCAAUUAUUUUAGAAUAUUAACUUGCAUUGUAUACAAACUAAUAAUUUAUUUAGUCAUUUUUACAUGUUUAGUCAAAAUUGUGCUGUGUGGGCUAUUAUUUAAAUUGAAAGUUACCAUUAUUGUCACAUAGUUUUCAGUUGCGAUUUAUGUUAAGACUGUGUUAUCACAAUAAAACGUACAAAAUAGA